UAUAGUGAUUUAACCCGCUGCUGAGAGGAAGAGGAUAAAAACAAGCAAACACGUUUUUGUCGCUUGAGUUUCAUAUUGGUAGUUUUACAGCAUCGUUAAUAUUUUUGUUUUAAGACUGGGUGUCAAAACCAGACACCCAAAGCUUUCAUAAAGACACAUGGCGGGGAAUGUAAAAGAUAAAGAAGCAUUUCAACGCUUGAACUUCCUCUAUCAAGCGGCUCAUUGUGUUUUGGCCCAAAAUCCAGAAAAUAUUGAACUGGCCAGAUUUUACUGCUUCACUCAAAAGACCAUCUCUAAACGACUGGUGCUCCGACAAGAUCAUUCAGUGAAAAGAACCAUUUGCAAGAAAUGUUGCACUUUGUUGGUACCAGGUGUCACAUCAAGUGUUCGACAAAAAAGGGGACCCAGGCCACAACGUAGGACCAUUGUGAGAUGUUUAAGUUGUGGACUGACCAAACGGUUCCCAAACAACCCAAAGCAUAAACUGUGGGUGGACCAACCAGAGGCUCAACUAGAAAACCAAACUCCACCUGAUGCUGGUCCUUCAUCUAAAUCCACAAUCCAAAAGAAGAAAUCUGAUAUUUCAAGUGGUCCAGCUCCCACAUCACAGAAGACUUUGUCUUCAGAUCAGAAAAAUCAGACUUGUGAAAACUGAGGCCAUUGGUUGCGGUUCCUCUUUCAUGCACAUUUAUUUGUUGUUACAGAGAGAGAUAUUCAACACUUUAACAUGGACAAUUUAACCAUUUAAAAGCCUUUGUUGUUUAAUUCAACUCCCAUUUUUAUUUGCCUGAAAUUUUGUGAAAUAUUGUUUUACUCUGUACAUGAUUUGAGUAGGUGUUUUGAAUUGCAAUAAAGUGAUAUUUAUUUUAGUCACUGCUAAAACAGUCA